CCGCCCACACUCUACCUACGCUCUGCGCCGUCUGUGUCCGGCGAAGCCCGGCCGGCCGGCCGUUGGUAUCGGACAACGUUUGUUAGUUCCGAGCGGGACGGCAAGGGCUUGCGGAUCCGCAUUUGAGUCGCACGUGGGAAUUUCCAAGGGCACCCCAGCAUAUGCGCUCCGAAUAAGAGCGUCGCCUAACUACCGUAACAUACUCAUCUCGCCGAGGGGGGGUUCGAGGACGCAAGACACCAGGUUAUGAAGUGAAAGCGUAGCCGCUUUGAUCAAAUGAGAGCAUCCAAGCCAACUCCUCCUCCACUGCAGCCGAAACCCGCGGGUUUAGAGACCGCUCCAACAACCCUCCGCAAUGCGUCACAUCCAGAUCCCGCGGGUUCAGCAUCAAGUCCGGUGCAUUCGCAGAUGCCAGCAACAUCCCAAGAUGCAUCUUGAGCAGCUAUAAAGAUGAGCGGCCGCUCCAUUCUUUUUGUGUUGAUACAGUCAGAGAAACAUUCAACACAACACAUCAACGCUUAAGAGUAUUCUAGCAACUCACUCGGAUCCGCCUUGGAAGAUCUUAGAUUUAUAGACAAAUUCUCCCCACACCAGAGCUCAUCCUAGUUCAAGAUGCCCGGUACAAUCAGCGUACUCCAGCAAUUCUUUUGCCCAGGGAAACCCAAGUUUACAGACCAAGACGUCCCAGACUUACAGGGCAAGAUCAUCGUCGUCACCGGGUCCAACACCGGCCUCGGCAAGGAGGUGGCCCGCAUCGUCUACUCCAGAAACGCCACCGUCUACAUGAUGGCGCGCUCCGAGGACAAGACCCGGGCGGCCAUGGACAGCGUCCGCGCCGACGCCCCCGACUCGCGCGGCGAGCUGCACUUCAUCCCCCUCGACCUGUCCGACCUGGCGAGCGUCCGGGCCGCCGCGGACGCCUUCUCGCGUAGGGAGCGGGUUCUCCACCUCUUGUUCAACAAUGCGGGCGUCGGCUACCCGGAAAGGGGCGCGACGACGGCGCAGGGCCACGAGCUGCAGCUGGGCGUCAACUGCAUCGGCCCUUUUGCCCUGACGAAGCUGCUCACGCCGCGCCUCCUCGCCGCCGCCGCCACCUCCGCGGACAAGAACAGCGUGCGCGUCGUCUGGGUCUCAUCCUCGGCCGCAGAGGGUGUCAACCUGGCAGACUUCAUGGAGAGCCUGUCCCGGAUCGGAUCGCUCGGCCAGCUGGAUCAGUACAGCCUCAGCAAGCUGGGCAACUACUUGCAUGCCGCCGAGUACGCGAACCGCCACAGGGCCGACGGCGUGCUGUCCGUGUCGCUGAACCCCGGCGCGCUCGACUCGGAGUUUUGGCGCACCCAGGGCAGCCUCACGACGUGGUUGCUGCGCCGCACGCUGCUGUAUCCGCCCAUCUACGGCGCGUACACCAGCCUCUUCGCGGGCUUCUCGCCCGAGGUGACGGCGGACAAGUCUGGAAGCUACAGUGAGUUCAUGUUGCCUCGCCCCUCCAUGUUCCCGCCUCGGCUCCGGCAAGAACUUGAAGAAGAUGUGAAAAACUGACCUGGCGCAGUCGCUCCCUGGGGCCAGUUGUGGAAAGUGUCCAAGGACAUGCUCGAUGCGGCCAAGACAAAGUCUGAAGGCGGCAGCGGAGCUGCCCGGGACUUUUGGCAGUGGUGUGAGGAGCAGGUCGAGGCUUACGUCUGACAAUGUUGGCGAUUCUUUUUGAUUCUCAUUGGUGCUUUAUCUUUGGGAGGUGGUGACAUGGCGUUGUGUUGCCCAUUGCUUCGUGUUGCCGGCUGCAACAUUGUAAAGUUUUCAGCUAUAGAAUGGCGUUAUGUCAUAUUUCGGUUGCGUUGGGGUUUGAAGCUUUC